ACGAAAGAUCAUUUCUUAAUUUUAAACAAAUUUAAUGGAAAAUGGAAUAUUUUUCCGAUCUUGGAAUUCGUAAAGGAGCAACUCUAAGUGAGAUCAAGAAUGCAUUCAAGAAGUUAGCUUUAAAAUUUCAUCCUGAUAAGAAUAGCGCAAAAAGUGCAGAAGAAAUAUUUAAGAGAAUUUAUGUAGCUUAUAUAUUUCUACUGAGCUCAGCAUCGAGCAAUUAUGAUCCCAAAAAGGAAUAUUCAAAUCAAUAUCAACAGCCAUCAAAUCCUAAACAAGAACAAUCAAAAUCAAAGCAAAAUCAGGAUCAAUCAAACUCCAAACCUCAACCAUCAAAAACUAAUCAGCAUCCAAAAAGAAAUUUCCAUAUUAGAAUAGAUUUUCGGUACCUAAUAAUUAUUAUUGCGAUCUUAGUACCAACAAUUAUAUUUAGAAAUGAAAUUAUUGAAAUCGCAUCAAUUUUGUUUAGAGUUAUCGUGGUUCUCUAUAAUAUAAUCAAGAAAAUCGUUUUCAUAGCCGAAAGAGUCAUUCCAGCUGUGACAAUAACUUUAUUUGAUAUAUUUAUUGAAUUCAUAAAAACUAUAAUUAAGAUCAUUCCAACAUUAUUCACUAUCAUUAAGGCAAUAUUAUAUAUUUUUGUUAAAAUCAUAUCAACCAUCAUUGACAUAACUUCCAUAAUCAUCAAAUCAUUAAGAACUUAGUGAAAUCCAAAAGAUUUCAAAUUCUAAAAAGCCUG